AAGUGCAAAUCAUCCUCCCCUUUCUGAUCAAAAUUUGCAAACGUUCAUCUACACCAGCGUCCAUACUACUACGUGGCUCACUAUGAGGGAACUUGGCAUAAUUUUGUUCAUUUUUGCUGUAAACCACAACAUUCAGGCCCAAACAACAAAAUCAGCGGCCUGCAGUCUAGAGCCAGAUGAAGGGACAGGACCUGAGGCCAACGUUAGGUCUUUAAUGUACUACAAUGCAGAAAAAGACAACUGUUUUCCGUUCCGAUACUUUGGGAGUGGUGGGAAUGCAAACCGUUUCAUGACAGAGAAGCAGUGCAUGCGAAACUGUUCACACAGAGCUGAUGAACUGUUUCCUAUGGACGAAAGACGAGCUUGCUAUCUUCCAAAAAAGCCAGGGGAAUGUGUAAGUCGCUAUCAACGUUAUUACUACAGUCCUGAACACAACAAAUGCAUGUCUUUUUCCUGGACCGGCUGUGUGGGCAACGGAAACCGAUUCCUCACACUAAACUUGUGCAAUGCCACAUGUUACAAUGCAGCAGAUGAAGGCCCUGAGGAACAUUCUGGUGAAUCAAUCGGAAUUAUCUUGGGUGUUGUGUUUGGUCUUAUUGGUGCCGUUAUUCUCAUUGUGGUGAUUGUCUUUGCUGUCAAGAAAAAGCCUAGAUCAAAGAAACAUGGGAAAAAAGAGGAAAAGUCUGCAGAGCAACCACUGAAAGAGCAGGCCAUUGAGAUGGGAGGAGGAGAAGCAAAACCAGCCACUCUUGAAGUUUCUACAGGCCAACCCUAAAUUUUUAGCCACAAAUGUACAUUGAAACUUUUAGCCAAUCAUUGUUUGCAUAAAAAAAAGAUGUACAGGUAAAAAUGUUUGACUGUAAUAAAAAGGUACAUUCAUAAUAUUCCUGUAGUUUAUUUACUUGUACAUUAUACUUGUGUCUAUAUUUGGAAGGCCAUUUCUAAUUUGCAGUGUUUUAUAUGUCUGCUAACCUGGCCAUAUCACAAUAAACAUAUAAAGUAG